UGGUAUAGCUCUCAGGCGAACGCUUCGUGGGGCAGCCUACCCCGAUCUAUAUACGUACACGUAAAGGGCUGACACUGCAUAGGGACGGUUGGGAUAGGGACGGUCGCAAUGGCACAAGCCGCGCCGAUCCUCGUGCUUGAGAAGCUGCUGCUUCCUAGCAUUGGGGUCGCGCCCGAGUUCAUUUCUUUCAAGAAUGUCACAAUGGAGUCGGACAAGUUCAUCUGCGUUCGCGAGACCGGAGCGCAGAACACUGUCGUUAUCGUGGAUAUGUCAAAUCCGCUUUCUCCCACGCGGCGACAAAUCAGCGCGGAUAGCGCGCUCAUGUGCCUGGACAAGAAGGUCAUUGCCCUCAAGGCAGUUACAGCUGGCACAGCGGGAGACACGCUGCAGGUUUUUAACCUUGACACAAAGACUAAGCUUAAGGCGUACCAAAUGCCUGAGAGCGUGGAGUUCUGGAAAUGGAUCAGUCCCACUAUGUUGGGCCUCGUGACCGCAACAGCGGUGUACCACUGGGACGUAGAGGGCGCUUCGGACGCCCCCACGAAGAUCUUCGACCGUACGCCCAACCUGGCUGGCUCCCAGAUUAUCAGCUACCGUACUAGCCCCGACGGAAAGUGGGCGGUGCUGAUUGGCAUUGCGCCAGGUGCCCCUGAGAGGCCGCAGCUGGCGAAGGGCCUGAUGCAGCUGUACUCCUUCGAGCAGGCGAAGAGCCAGCCGCUGGAGGCACACGCUGCGGCCUUUGCGAACGUUAAGUUCACGGGUCGUGACACCUCCAGCCUGGUCAUCUCCUUCGCCCAGAAGACCCUCAAGGAUGGGCAGAUCAUCUCCAAGCUGCAUGUCAUCGAGCUGGGAGGCGCGGCGGCCGGUGGCGCCAUCAAGCGCAACGCCGAGCUCUUCUUCCCGGCGGACUUUGCGGAUGACUUCCCCGUGUCCCUGCAGAUCAGCGAGAAGUACGGGCUGGUGUACGUGGUGUCCAAGCUGGGUUUUGUGUUCGUGUACGACCUGGAGUCGGCCACGGCGGUGUACCGCAACCGCAUCAGCACCGACCCCGUCUUCCUUGCAUGCACCAGCGAGGCCACGGGCGGGAUCUUUUGCGUGAACAGGCGCGGCCAGGUGCUGCUGGCCACCGUGAACGAGCCCUCCAUGGUUCCCUUCGUCAGCCAGCAGCUGGGCAACCUGGACCUGGCCAUGGCCAUGGCCAAGCGCGGCAACCUGCCGGGCGCGGAGGCGCUGGUGGGGCAACAGUUCGAGCGCUACUACGGCGCGGGGCAGUACAAGGAGGCGGCGGAGGUGGCCGCGGAGUCGCCGCAGGGGCAGCUGCGCACGCGCGAGGUGAUGGAUCGGCUGAAGGCGGCGGUGCCGCCCGCCGGGCAGAAGCCGCCCAUCCUGGUGUACCUGGGCGUGCUGCUGCAGCGGGGCAAGCUGAAUGCGGCGGAGAGCGGGGAGCUGGCCAGGCUGGUGUUGAGCCAGAACAAAAAGGAGCUGCUGGUCAACUGGUGGGGAGAGGGCAAGCUGGAGGCCUGUGAGGAGCUGGGUGACGCUGUCAGCGCCGCGGGCGAUAAGGACUUCGCACUCAAGGUCUACCAGCAGUGCGGAGCGGGGGCCAAGGUGAUCGCCACGCUGGCUGAGAAGGGCGACAUCCAGGCGCUCAUCGCCUACACCGGCUCCACCGGCCAGAAGCUGGACUACAUGUUCCUGCUGCAGAGCCUGAUGAUGAACAACCCGGGCGGCGCGGUGGCGCUGGCCAAGAUGGUGGCCAAGCAGACCCCGCCGCCCAUCGAGGUCAACGUCAUGGCUGACCUGUUCCUGCAGCGCAACAUGGUGCGCGAGGCCACCGCCUUCCUGCUGGACGCGCUGGCGGGCGACCGGCCCGAGCAGGCGCUGCUGCAGACCAAGCUGCUGGAGAUCAACCUGGUCACCAACCCGCAGGUUGCGGACGCCAUCCUGUCCGGCGGCACGCUGAGCCACUACGACCGCCCCCGCGUGGCGCAGCUGUGCGAGAAGGCGGGGCUGUACAUGCGCGCGCUGCAGCACUACACCGACCUGUCGGACAUCAAGCGCUGCAUCAUCAACACGCAUGCCAUCGACCCGCAGGCGCUGGUGGAGUUCUUCGGCACGCUGAGCAGCGAGUGGGCUCUGGAGUGCCUGCGCGAGCUGCUGGUGGCCAACGCGGGCGCCAACCUGCAGCUGGUGGUCAACAUCGCCAAGGAGUACACGGAGCAGCUCACCAGCGCCAAGGUGUGCGAGCUGUUUGAGGCCUACAACUCCUACCACGGACUGUACUUCUACCUGGGGGCGCGCAUCGCGUUCAGCGAGAGCCCCGAGGAGCACUUCAAGUAUAUCGAGGCGGCUGCGCGCACCGGCAACCUGAAGGAGGUGGAGCGGGUGACGCGUGAGUCCAACCACUACCCGCCCGAGAAGGUGAAGGCCUUCCUGAUGGAGGCUAAGCUGCCGGACGCGCGGCCGCUCAUCAACGUGUGCGACCGCUUCGACAUGGUGGAGGACCUCACGCAGUUCCUCUUCGCCAACAACAUGCUGCGCUACAUCGAGGGCUACGUGCAGAAGGUCUCCCCCGCCAAGGCGCCCGCCGUGGUGGGUGCGCUGCUGGACUGCGAGGCGCCCGACGAGUUCAUCAACAACCUCAUCCUGUCCGUGCGCUCGCUGCUGCCGGUGGACGGGCUGGUGGAGGCGGUGGAGCGGCGCAACCGGCUUAAGCUGCUGACGCCCUUCCUGGAGCACCUGAUCAGCGAGGGCAGCCAGGACCCGCAUGUGCACAACGCGCUGGGCAAGAUCAUCAUCGACACCAACAACAACCCCGAGCACUUCCUCACCACCAACCCCUUCUACGACUCGCUGGUGGUCGGCAAGCACGCCGAGAAGCGCGACCCCAACCUGGCUGUCAUUGCCUACAAGCGGGGCACCUGCGAUGACGCCCUCAUCGAGUGCACCUCCAAGAACGCGCUGUUCAAGCCGCAGGCCAGGUACAUCGUGGAGCGCGCCGACCCCGCUCUGUGGGCCAAGGUGCUGGACGAGUCCAACCCGCACCGCGCCUCGCUGGUGGAGCAGGUGGUGGGCACCGCGCUGCCGGAGAGCCGCAACCCGGAGCAGGUCAGCGUGACGGUCAAGUCCUUCAUGGCGCAGGGUCUGCAGGCGGAGCUGAUCGAGCUGCUGGAGAAGAUUGUGCUGCAGAACAGCGCCUUCUCCAACAACGCCAACCUGCAGAACCUGCUCAUCCUCACCGCCAUCAAGUCGGAGAAGUCGCGCGUCAAGGGCUACAUCUACCGCCUGGACAACUUCGACGGCCCCGCGGUGGCUGAGAAGGCCAUCGAGCACGGGCUGGCGGAGGAGGCGUUCGAGAUCUACAAGAAGUUCAACAAGCGCGUGGAGGCGGUCAAGGUGCUGUUGGAGCAGCUGCGGGACCUGGGUCGCGCCUCCGAGUGGGCCUCCAAGUGCGACGAGGCGCCCGUGUGGAGCGAGCUGGCGCACGCGCAGCUGGGCGCGGGGCAGGUGGCGGAGGCCAUCGCGUCCUACCUCAAGGCUGCCGACUCCACCAGGUACGUUGCGGUGACGGAGGCGGCCAAGGGCAGCGGCUGCUACGACGACCUGGUCAAGUACCUGCUCAUGGUGCGCAAGAAGGUCAAGGAGGCCAAGGUUGACACCGAGCUGGUGUACGCGUACGCCAAGACCUCCAACAUGGCCGCCCUGGAGGAGUUCAUCUCCGCCACGCACCAGGCCAACCUGCAGGCCUGCGGCGACCGCUGCUACGAAGAGGGGCUGUACGAGGCGGCGCGCGUGCUGUUCGCGCACCUGCCCAACUACGGCCGCCUGGCCAGCACGCUGGUGCGGCUGCGGGCGUUCCAGCAGGCGGUGGAUGCGGCGCGCAAGGCGAACAACCCCAAGACAUGGAAGGAGGUGUGCUACGCGUGUGUGGACGAGAAGGAGUUCCGGCUGGCGCAGCUGUGCGGCCUGGCCAUCAUUGUGAAUGCAGACGAGCUGGACGAGGUUUCGGAGACCUACCAGCGCAAGGGCCACUUCGACGAGCUGAUCUCGCUGAUGGAGAGCGGCAUCGGACUGGAGCGCGCGCACAUGGGCAUCUUCACGGAGCUGGGCAUCCUGUACGCGCGAUACAGGCCCGAGAAGCUGAUGGAGCACCUGAAGCUCUUCGGCAACCGCCUCAACAUCCCGCGCCUCAUCCGCGUGUGCGACGAGCAGCAGCACUGGAAGGAGCUCACGCUGCUGUACAUCGCGUACGACGAGUACGACAACGCGGCGCUGUGCAUGAUCAACCACUCGCCGGUGGCGUGGGAGCACGUGCAGUUCAAGGAUGUGGCGGUCAAGGUUUCCUCCACCGAGACGCACUACCGCGGCCUGGCCUACUACCUGGACGAGCACCCUGAGCUGCUGUGCGACCUGCUGGCGGUGCUGCAGGCGCGGCUGGACCACGGGCGCGUGGUGGACAUGAUGCGGCGGGCGGGGCAGCUGCCGCUCAUCAAGGACUACCUGCUGGGGGUGCAGAAAGCAAACCACGCGGAGGUCAACGAGGCCAUCAACGGGCUGCUUAUCGAGGAGGAGGACUUCGAGGGCCUCAAGCACUCCAUCUCGACGUACGACAACUUUGACCAGCUGGCCUUGGCGGCUCGGCUUGAGAAGCACGAGCUGAUCGAGUUCCGGCGGCUUGCUGCGCUGGUGUACAAGCAGAACAGCAAGUGGCGGCGCGCAGUGGAGCUGGCGCAGGCGGACGGGCUGUUCCGCGACGCCAUGGAGACCACCGCGCAGAGCGGCGACGCCGAGCUGGCGGAGGAGCUGCUGCGGUACUUCAUCGACAAGGGCGAGAAGGAGUGCUUCGCGGCGUGCCUCUACACCUGCUACGACCUGUUGCGGCCCGAUGUGGUGCUGGAGCUGUCCUGGAUGAACGGCCUAACCGACUUCUCCAUGCCGUACAUGAUUCAGAUGCUGAAGGAGUACGUGGGCAAGGUUGACCUGCUCAUGAGCGAGCGCAAGGAGCAGCAGAAGGAGAAGGAGCAGGCGCAGCAGGCACAACGCCACCAGGAGGCUCAGCGCAACGCCUAUGCGACCCUCAUGCCCCUGGCGCUGCCCGCUCCAAACAUGGCUGGGCCGGGCGGACCGGGCGGCGGCUACGCGGACCCGCAUGCGGCCGCAGCAGGGCCCUCGGGUGGCUUCGGAGGACCGUUUGGAGCGGCACCUCACAUGGGGGGUGGCUUCGGUGGCCCCGGGUUCGCGCAGUAUUAAUGUAGGCUCUAGGCUAUAGCACGUUUGCGGCUAGGGGCAUCAUGGAUGACAGCUAGGGGGCCAUGCUUGAGCACUUGGCUGUUGUGAUGGAUAGGGUAGAGCAUGGGCAUUCGGGGAAAGGGUUGAUGGGAGGGUUUAAGCGCCGGAUAGGAAGAGCCUUGAGGUGGCGUUUAGCACUCUGCUUGGACAGGCUGGGAUGUAGUCAUGAAGGGUAUAGUACUCCUCUACGGGGCCAGUGGGCCUUACAAGGACUACGGUACAGGUGCGGCCGUGUUGGUGACGCUACUUCUUGACAAGCCAAGGCACCGGGUGUGCGUGUGACGAGUAGACGUACUGAGUGUUGAUUGUUCUUUCCCUCCGUACAUAUGUAUAAACCGUUCUGGCGUUGUCACCGAAAAUGCAGCUGUGAACAAAGUCAUCAGGCGUUACGCCAUUUAGGUACAUAUGUGUGUCUGGAGGCACUGGAUUGCCUAGGGUUCCGUUGUAACACCGCUGCCGUAACUGUUUC